CCAAACUUGUUUCAUGUUUGGUACAAAGGAAGAUGUUGAGAAACCGCCUUGUGUUCUUCUCCUCCUCCUCCUCUUCUUCUUCUUCUUCUACUACUCAUUAAAGUUGCAAUCUUUUUUUUUUCUUCUUCCUGGAUUCUUGUUUGUAACCUACCUAUAAUUCUGGAUCUGUACUUGUUGUCGUCGAAACAGAGAAGGAGGAGGAAGAAGAAGAAGAAGAACAUCGAAGCAAUCACUAAGUAAAGUUUGUAUCUUGGGUUGCUUUUGGGGUUUCUUGGUUACAAAUUCAUGACUUCUUGGGUCAGAAAGAUUGGUUUUAGUAAAGGGUUAUAAGAUUUUUUGAGAGCACAAAGGGUUAAUUCGGAAGCUGCUGUAAUGGCGUCUAGAGAAGGAAAGAGGCGUAAUCAUAAUCAUCAUCAUGAUGAGAAGCUUGUGCCUCUUGCUGCUUUGAUUAGUAGAGAGACGAAAGCUGCUAAGAUGGAGAAACCGAUUGUGAGAUUUGGACAAGCUGCUCAAUCUAGGAAAGGAGAAGAUUAUGUCUUGAUCAAGACUGAUAGUUUGCGAGUUCCUUCCAAUUCUUCAACUGCGUUCUCUGUCUUUGCGGUAUUUGAUGGGCACAAUGGGAAAGCUGCAGCGGUUUUUACAAGGGAGAAUCUGUUGGAUCAUGUUAUUAGUGCUCUUCCCAGUGGGCUUAGCCGUGAUGAAUGGCUUCACGCCUUACCCCGUGCAUUAGUUUCUGGAUUCGUGAAGACUGAUAAGGAGUUUCAGAGCAGAGGAGAAACUUCUGGAACAACAGCCACAUUUGUGAUAGUAGAUGGAUGGACUGUGACCGUUGCAUGUGUUGGAGACUCUCGCUGCAUCUUGGAUACUAAGGGUGGUUCAGUUUCCAACCUUACUGUGGAUCACAGGCUUGAAGAUAAUACAGAAGAGAGGGAACGGGUUACUGCUAGUGGUGGAGAAGUUGGCAGGCUAAGCAUUGUUGGAGGCGUUGAGAUUGGUCCUCUACGGUGUUGGCCCGGAGGUCUCUGCCUUUCAAGGUCUAUCGGAGAUAUGGAUGUCGGGGAGUUCAUAGUUCCAGUUCCCUUUGUAAAGCAAGUGAAGCUAUCAAAUCUCGGCGGGAGGCUUAUUAUCGCGUCAGAUGGCAUAUGGGAUGCUCUCUCCUCAGAAGCCGCUGCGAAAACUUGCCGCGGAUUAUCCGCUGAACUUGCUGCUAGACAAGUAGUUAAGGAAGCAUUGAGAAAGAGGGGACUUAAGGAUGACACUACGUGCGUUGUGGUCGACAUAAUCCCACCCGACAACUUCCAAGAACCACCGCCUUCUCCUCCUAAGAAACACAACAACUUUUUUAAAUCUUUGCUGUUCAGAAAGAAAUCAAACUCAUCUAACAAACUCUCCAAGAAACUCUCUAGUGUUGGUAUCGUGGAAGAGCUCUUCGAAGAAGGCUCUGCAAUGCUCGAUGAAAGGUUAGGAUCAGGUGAUUGUUCUAAGGAAUCAACAACAGGAGGAGGGAUAUUCACAUGUGCGAUCUGCCAACUAGACUUGGCACCAAGCGAUGGGAUAUCAGUCCACGCGGGUUCGAUCUUCUCAACAAGUCUAAAACCGUGGCAAGGACCGUUCUUAUGCACAGACUGUCGUGACAAAAAGGACGCGAUGGAAGGGAAACGCCCAAGCGGAGUUAAAGUCAUCUAAAGAAUGAAAGAUGGUAUCUCUGCUUCUCCUCACACAAACACACACAGACUCUCUAUUCGUUCAUUAUAAUUCUUUCUUCGUUGGUUCUUUUUUAUUACACUCCAUUCGAUUAAUAAAAAGUUUAGUAGACCUGCUGUGAAUCGGGGGUUCAUUAUAGUGAGUUUGGAUUGAUUUGGUAUACGAUGUGAAAAAA